AUGGCAGAACCAGACCCCGAGCAGAUGUUCUGCGGCUGCGCGCUAGUGCACCGUUCAUUUCCCCCAGACUGCACCUGGCACCCUCCCGGACUCUUUCCAUCCUUCGCCUAUAAGCACCAUAUCGCUGCCCGCGAUGCCCACAGCAAGGAGCAGCUCGUAGCCGCCCUCCCGUCCGACAUCUGUGCUCUGAACCUGGAGAAGCCCAAGCGAAUCGAAUCGAAGCAAUAUACGUGUAUCAUCGUGGAAUGGGCUUGCCCGCAGCCUGUCGCACGAAGUUUUGCUGAUCUGUCAAAGGAUCUCGCCGAGGUAUUAAACAACCACGUCUUGACGCGCUAUGGGCCUCAGAGCAUGCCCGUCGUUCGCGAUAUCUACAUAUCGACUGUCUUUCACCCCAAGCCUGCGGGGGAUAAGCCCGACUGGGAGUAUAGGAAACAUAUGUCACUGGUGCAGAUAUCGCUAGAUUCCGUGGCGAUACUGAUCGAUCACCUUGACUCCACCAGGUGUGUUUACUUGAAGGACGCGGAUGACUAUCUGAGGCUCGUAUGGCACGCCGAUAACAUGUAUAUGCUGUUGGCCGAAGCAAUAGCAAGUAAAAACGAGCCGCCCCAGCCCCUGAAUUCGCCGUCCGUAGCAUCAGCACCAACACGUGAUAUAUUCUCCUUUACCCCAAGCGAGCAGGGGGCAAUCUUUGCCCUCGCAAGUCUUCAACAGACGCAUGGGUCACCAGGAUCUAACAGGACCAUUGUGUCUUCCCCAUCGGUAACACCCCCGACAGCGCCGAGCGGACCUGUUCACUUCCAAGGCGAAUCCGUGACUCAACCUCAACCUCCCGCCCUUACUUCAGCAGCCCCAACACCAGCGAAACCAACAGGAACACAAGACCCCACGCCAUCAAGCAGCACGCCUCCAGAGCGUCCCGCAGUCCCUACAUCCACCUGGCCCUCGCACACUUUCAACCUGCACAAGAACCCCUCCCAAGCCGGACAAGCGGCUGUAGAAGCGGCCCGUGCCCGUCUUCAUCCCUUCAACCAACCGUUCAAUCAAGCGCAAGAGGCCAGUGCCCGUCAGAACCUCCCAUGGCCGAGCCUGAACACCAGUGCCUCGGGAGGCUCUAAUCUGCUGGUGCGGAAACUAUGUCCACAGUACUUCAACCAAGCGGCAAGGUUCAACAAUGCUCAACCUGCCUCUAGCGACCUAGGAGAGGCUCAGAGUGCGCCUGUGGCCGAGGUUACUCGUUUGAGUCUGACCGACAUGCCGCACCGAGAUUCGGGACUUCUUGUUAGCAAGCUGUGUCCGCAGUAUUUUGGCCAGGCUUCGAGAUUGAACGAGGCUGCUGCUCAGAGCGCGGCCUCGACCUCGACGCCAUCUACCGCGCAGCCGGCUGCAUCUGCAUCGAUUGUUGUACCUCCUCCCGUCGUUCCGCAGCGGGUCGACAUGCCUCAACCUCCCCAGCCAGAGCCAGUACGAACGACCAACCCGCCACCUGCUCGACGCUCGAGCGACACUUCAGUCUACAUUCCCCCUCCUGUAGACAUCGAGAUGUACCUCGCAUCCAUGCUCCCUCCCGCACUAAGCAAACCCGGCUCCUCGAUGCGCGGAAAACGUCGCAAACAACGGCAUGGGCAAACCAAGACAAGACCGUAUUACCAGACGUUCACAGUCUUCGACGAGGGUGUGGAGGGGGAGAACGUGCGAUAUCUCUCGCCUGCGCCUGUGGGAGGCGCCCUGCCGAGGCAUACAACGCCGUUGUCAGUGCGAUGCGUGCCGAGUAGCGAUGGUUUCGACACAGGAAAGCCAGAGUCACAAGCUACACGGAUGGUUGAGAACCCAACCGGUCCUUGGCUGAGGAAACGAUCAGCAGAAAUUGAGUGGGUGUCCUCAAGUAAGAAGCCUAGGCUGGAGCGUGGCGGCGCGCACGGUAUGGAGGAUAGUGGGAUGGAUGUUGACAUGCAGACCUGGACUGGAGGGACGGAGUCGUGUCCGGUUGACCUGACGGGGGAUGAUUAAACAGUGGUUUGCCCUCCUAGCUUUCUCAGCGCGGAGGUGUCUGGCAGGUUGUUCCCUGCCCAUUCUUUGGGCAUGAGGUGUUGGGUCUGCUGGUGAGCUUCUUGCGUGUUCUGGCUUUCAAUUGGGCUCUAGUGCCGAUCUUUUCGACUAUGACUGUCAUCAAGCAAAGUGUCCGCUUUCUCAUACGAAAGAUAGCUGAACU